AUCAACAACUGCACAUCAUUGCGAACAAUGGAGAGAGAGAAAGGCUUAAGGUGGUGGGAUUCUGUGUUGCUUGCACUGCUUCUAACAUAUGGACUUGCGAGCUCCCAAGAGCAGAGCAAGUCCUGUGCUCCGUCUCAGUGCGGCAUUAUCACAAACAUCAGACAUCCAUUUCGACUACGAGAUGACCCGCCCGGCUGCGGUGAUCCAAUCUAUGAGCUAGCCUGUGAAAACAACAUAACUCUGCUUCAUCUGAAUUCAGCAACAUAUAGAGUGCUGGGAAUUGACCACAGCAACUUCACAAUCCGACUCGUAGAUCCUGGAAUUCAGGAGGGAAAUUGCUCUUCCCUCCCUCACUAUCUCUUAUCCUUAUCCAAUUUCACUGAUAGUCAUAGCCGUAACCCCUAUGACGCUAUUUUGACAUACAAACAAUUUACAUUCAAGCACGUAGUGUACCUAAAGUGUAGAGAUCCAGUGAGGGACGACGUAGCAUACCUGGACACAGCUCCCUGUGUGAAGUGGGAAGGAAAAAGUCAUGUUUAUGCUGUGGCUGGAGACCUGUCGGCUUACCAGUUAAAAUCUCAGUGUCGUGUGAAAUCAGUGGCCACCAUAGCCUCUGAUUGGGAGUCAAUAGGAGAUCAAAGAAAAAAGUCCUACACUGAUAUUCACAUAGCGCUUUCCUCUGGAUUUGAGCUUUCAUGGUGGCGACGAGCUUGCAUUGAUUUUAAAUGCCCAAGUGAUCGUAAAUGCUCUUUAGACCCUAAAACAACAAGUCUUGUGCCAUACAUGAUACUCAGAUUUUCAAUGGGGGUGCUACUACUAUCCAUAUUGUUGAUUUAUAAAUACCGGAGAAGGCACAUGUCAAUGUUUGAGAACAUUGAAGAUUUUAUAAGACUUCAAAACCUUAUUCCAAUAAGGUACUCCUACAAGGAAUUAAGAGCAAUGACAGAGGGUUUUAAGAUUAAGUUAGGCGAAGGAGGCUUUGGAACUGUAUACAAAGGGAAGCUAAGAAGUGGAUCUUAUGUUGCUAUUAAAAUGUUGGGCAAAUCCAAAGCCAAUUGCCAAGAAUUCAUUAGUGAAGUUGCAACCAUUGGGAGGAUACACCAUUUCAAUGUGGUUCAUCUUGUUGGGUUUUGUGUGGAAGGAACUAAGCGUGCUCUUGUUUAUGAAUAUAUGUCGAAUGGAUCUUUGGAUAAAUAUAUUUUUCCCAAGAAAGAAAGCGUCUCCUUGAGUUUUCAUCGGAUAUAUGAGAUUUCUCUGGGAGUGGCUCGUGGAAUACCUUACCUUCACCAUGGAUGCGAUAUGCAGAUAUUGCAUUUUGAUAUUAAGCCCCAUAAUAUUCUUCUUGAUGAUAAUUUUAGUCCAAAAAUUUCAGAUUUUGGACUGGCAAGAUUAUAUUCUGUUGGUGAUAGUAUUGUAACUUUAACCGCAGCAAGAGGAACAAUAGGGUAUAUGGCUCCUGAAUUAUUUUACAAGAAUAUUGGAGGAGUUUCUCACAAGGCUGAUGUUUAUAGUUUUGGAAUGCUUUUGAUGGAAAUGGCAAGCCGAAGAAGGAAUUUGAAUUCACAUGUAGAACAUUCAAGCCAACUUUACUUUCCUUUGUGGAUUUAUGAUCACUUUGAUGAUGAUAAAGAUAUUGGAAUGGAAGAUUUGACAGAAGAAGAAAAGGAUUUAGCAAAGAAAAUGUUCAUAGUAGCACUCUGGUGUAUACAACUAAAACCUGCGGAUCGUCCUUCAAUGAACAAAGUGAUAGAAAUGUUAGAAGCAAAUGAUGUUAGAAGUCUUGAAAUGCCUUCAAAACCUUCUUUAUAUCCUAACGAGACUGUUUUUGUGGAUCACAUGUCCAGCUCAAGCCAAACAACAUCCACUAUUCAUGGACAUUCUCAUAGCAAUCUUGCUAGGUGA